AGAUAGUAUGACCUAAUUCUAAGUUAAUUCAUGGAAAUGAUCUAAUUCUAAGAAUAUAGUAUUUUGAACGAAAAGCAGUGAAAAUUUUUUCAGAACGGAGGAGGAAACCAAGAGAUUGAUUAUGAAUUUCAAUAAGUUGAACGGCAAACAGUCUUCAGGAAAAAAGUAAAUUGAAACAAAAGACUGGAGGAACGUGGGAACGACCUUGCAAGAGAUUGAUUAACAGCAGUUUCUGGAUUACCAUUUAGCAGUGGUGAGAAAGCUGGGUACUCAGAUGAAUUCAAUCACUGGUUGCUACCCACUUGAAUCCAUCCAUCCAACCUCCACUUGGACAGCCAGCAAAUGCCGAAAUAGCAGGGUUCUCAUGGUUACUCAGUUUUCUCCUUCACCAGUACUGUCCUGCAUUGAGAGUUAUCCUCAAAAAGAAUGUACUUCACACAUUUCAUUGGCUGAUUCAGAUAAGAAACUCAGUAGUUCAUCAACAUCUAAGGUUCUGCAAGAUGUGCAUAUAUCAGCUAGACUGGUGGAAGAUUUUGCUGAACUUGCCCGAGAAAACACAGAGAAGGACCUGGAAACAUGUGGAGUUCUUGGUGCUUUUCUUGAGGAGGAGACCUUAUACGCAACCACUCUUAUAAUACCCAAACAGGAAUCAACUUCCAAUUCUUGCCAAGCUGUAAAUGAGGAGGAAGUUUUUGCCAUACAAAGUGAACGAUCUCUUUUUCCAGUAGGAUGGAUUCAUACACAUCCUUCUCAGGGCUGUUUCAUGUCCUCAGUAGAUCUGCACACUCACUACUCAUAUCAGGUAAUGGUACCUGAGGCCUUCGCUAUUGUCUUGGCUCCAACAGAUAAAUCAAGCUCUUCAUUCUCAGGUUUCCUUAUGGAAUGUCCUUCAGGACCUAUGGAAUAUUUCGGUUAUCUGACCCUGAUGGGAUGAGCGUAAUGAGAGACUGCCAUGAGAAGGGAUUUCAUCCUCAUAAAGAACCAGCAGAUGGGAGCCAGCUUUACGAACGCUGCUCCAAUGUCUACAAAAAUGCAAAUUUGAGGUUGGAGAUCUUUGAUUUGCGCUGAGGUAUGAAUACUUGUUUGUGGUGAGUGAUAGGUGCAUGUAAGGUAUACAAACUAGAGCUUCUUACUAGUACAAACUGAACAGUGAUAAUCACCUGGUCAUAAGUGAGUUCAGUUGAGGGAGAAUGUCUGAUGUUACUUGAACUUGGAUAGAAACAUUUGUUUGUUUGUCAUAAUAACGACCAAAAUUCAUCUUGGUUCAAUAAGCCUGGAUCAAGUCAUGGUGCAAGCUCUUUAAGUACACCCAGAAAACUGGCAUAGUAUGAUGGAUAUGCACUUUCUAUCAUCAAUACAGAGUAAGCAAGUUCACACUUUCUAGACAUGCCUUUAAAUUAAAUAUUGUGAUACUGAAUCAUAAUUUGAGACUGUAUCUGCUUAAACCAAGUAAUACUAUGGAAGACAUGAUUAUGUAGAAGGAAUCCUAUGUCAUCUGAUACUGAAUCAUCCUGUUGUUAACUGGCAUAUAAGAUUUAAAGCUGGAUUUUCUAAUGAGGGAACAAUAUGCAAUAGAUGCAUGAACUUACACAUGAUGUUUACAGGGGAAGCAAAGGUCCAUACAUUCCACAUUUAUCUCCAUGCUUUUGUCUCUUUUCUUAUUACAAUUAUUGCUUUUGUAAUUUAUAGGAAAAGCAGUCUGUUGCUUGUCAAGUAUCCGACUUUUUAUUUUUUGAAUAAACAAGUAUUCGUCUUGAUCGUUUUGCUGAAAGCUUAUGCAUUUUAUAUAUAGUUUAAUUCUAGAAGCCAAAACAAACACACCCAAUAAAGAUCCUGCUUAGUUCUAGGUUACUAACUUUUGAUGGUUUAGCUGGUGGAGAGAAGAUGAAAAGAUUUGAAGCAAAUUCAAGAAGAAAACAUCAAUGAAGUUGCAUGAUUAGUAGUUUUAUGAUGGAUUUUGCGAAGAAAA